CUCAUCCCCCCCCCGUCCACCCCGACCCCUCACAACCCACGCAAUCCUUUAGGCACGGCAGACGCCGACCGAGCCCACUCAACCCGCGCAUCCACUUUGACUGUCGCUCUCUCUCUCUGUCUGUCUGUGUCUCCUUCAACCCACAUCAUCCACUCUACAAAGAGCACGCACAGCUCGUAGUCUAUACGACAUCCCCCCACUCUCUCUCGCUCUUCCACAUUCCGACGUCCUCCCCCAACGCAACGGGGAAUCAGCUGUCCAACAAGUGCCCUCAACCUUCAGUCUCUCUGUUGACUUCGAAAACGUGGGCCUCGGUUGCCACAUCCUCAACAAACGUCACCACCUGCAAGUCUCUUGGUGGUCCUCCGUUCAGCCGUAGAGCCGCCAUCUCUCCUCUCCCCUUCCCUCGCCCCCGCGUCUCCUUUACAAUGGCGGACUCACUGCCACAGGACACGUGGAUCAAUGCCUUUGGGGGUGUACCGCCGCGAACUCUUUUGUCCAGCCUCCAGCGCCGGCAACACGCCUCGCAGACCCACGUUCACGCGCUCGCCGAGCUGUUCCGUGAGCGAGCUGCCAUCGAGCAAGAGUAUGCUGCAAAGCUCCAGAAGCUGGCUCGUGCGGCCGAAGCUGGCCAACUGAACGGCAAGGGCGGGAUUGAGUGGGAUCGAAGUGGAGGUGAGGCCAAGCUCUUCAACUCGGUUCUCUCCGACAUCAAUGAGACAGCCACCGCCCACUCCAGUCUCUCACAGCAGCUGAAGAGCGAUUUCGAGCAGCCUGUCCGAGACCUUCCAAACAAGAUUGAACCAUGGCGCCACAUCGGCGACCUGGAGUCGUCUCUGGACCGCACGCUCAAAGAUCAAGAGAAGGUCCACGCCAAGUACGAGAAGGCAGCGACCAAGGGCAAGUCUGCUAAGACAGAGCAGCUCUCUUCAGAGCUCUCGGAUCUUGGCAACAGUAUCAAGUCUCUCUCGCCCAGGGCCUGGAUCACCUUCCAACGGCUUGACGAGGAGCGACUUCGAGCGCUGAAAGAGGUCGUCGUUCGCUUCGCUACUGUGCGUUCUGAUGCCGCCAACAAAGAGGGAGAAAGAGCUGCCUCUACGCUUUCCAACCUUUUGGGCUGGGAGACUUCCGACGAGGUGAUUACUAUCGGUCACCGCCUCGGCGCAGGUGGGUCUGGGUCUGCUCGUCCCAGCGCGUCUCGUCCUCCUCCGCCUGCAGUCAACACUACGGCUACUGUGAACAAGAGAGCGUCUGUCCUCCCCGGAACCCUCCCUUCGCCAGGCGGCGACUUCAGCCCUCGUGUUCAGAGAGCCAACGGUUCGAGCAGCAACUUGAGCACUGGCGGGGGCGGCGGCUUUGGGGGCCUCAAGUCGAUGCUCACUCGGAAGGGUACCACUCGCCAGCGCAGUGGAAGCGAGGCUACCUCGACCAGGAGUUCAAGGCGACCAACCGGGGACAUGUUUGAGCCUCUUGACGAGUCUGAACGUAUCAAUGACCGCGCUCUCGACAGUCAAUCGGUCCGUGAAUACCGCGAGUCACCUGAGAGGUCGACGUUCUCGGACAUUAGAGAGAGCGAGCGCUCGCACGAGCCUGCCUCUCGCCAGACCACUGGACCAGGACCCGUCCAGACACCUCCUGUUGAUUCGGAAGGCUACUCGAUCGCUCCAGCUGAUAGGCAUCGCAACCCCUGGGAGGAUCCCAACGAUCUCAUCCCCACCCCUGCUUCCGGCAAAGGGCUCUCUGCAGCCGGCGGCGUCGCUCUACCUUCCGCCAUCCUGGCUGCCGACCAACGUAACGCACAGGACAACCAGUCCAGCACUGGUGGCUCUAUUGGGGGGUUCGAUGGAGCCCCUCGCCUCAACCUCGCUCUGGCUCCCAACGUUAUCCAGGAAAGCGAGGAGGAGAGGCAGGCGGCUCUUGCCAAAAUGCAACAGACCCUGCAGAUGGCUCCUCAGGCCCCGACCCGACGGGGCACGGUUGCCCGUGGUCGUCGUGAGGUGCGCAACACCAUUCAGGCUUCUACCAAAGAGAACGGCCCUAUCCCUCAGCAGCACGUCAAGGCUCUGGCUCAAAUGGGCGAGGAUGAGGAGCGCCUGGCCGAUACCAAGGCUCGACUGACAGGGGCUGAGCCUACGUCCCAGUUAUCGGCGCCGAUCAUGGACCGCCGCCGCCCUUCGCUCUCGAGCGUGAACUCGUCAACGAACCCCUUCGAAUCACCUUCUGUCACCCCUGGCGUUUUGCAGAAGGAGUCGGCUUUCGGAGCCUCACCAGCGGUCAAUCACGCAACAGACUCUCCGGCAUCAGGGGCCCCACCGCAUGCUGCUGUGGCAGCCAACGGCGCUGGUUUCGGCACCGCUGCUGUUGUCGGUGCCGGAGCGCUCGCGGCAGGUGCUGUGGGCGCUGUGGGUGCUGCUGCUGUGACUGCGCAUGCCGACAACUCCAUUUCCGGCGCACCGUUGUCCUCUGAACCAGAGUCGCUCACUAGUCCGCCAGUUCCUUCCGGCAUUGAGCAGGCCAAGUCUCCCCUUUCUGUCCCAACCUCCCCUGUCACUGCCACCUCCCAUGUGGCUUCCCCUUCGACCGCUGUUACUUCGCCCAUCAAUGCCCUUACCCCCCACACCAUUGCCCCCGGUCUAAACGCCUCGCUGAUCGAGACUGUCCAUGCUUGGACCCAGAAGCUUGCGUCUCAGCGUACAGUGAUUUCUGGCGAAAUUCACGUCUCCCUCUUGGCCUCGGCAUCUCGCGCGCAGCCGCAAUCAGGCUCAGCACUUCACAUCCGUCUGACGGACUUCGAUGCUUUGGAGUCGAUCGCACCGAACCCAGCUUUCUUGGCCCAAGUGCCUGAUCGCCCAGGAGAGUACUACCUCAACACGGAUGCCGUUGCGCAAGCAACAGGUAGCCCGGAAGAAGGAUCCAAAUCCGCCGGCCCAGUGCUGUUCAAAUAUCACGUCCUUGUGCCAGCCGGACAAGAGACUGCUGUGGCGCCACUCGUCCUUAACCCAGCCUUCCAGGUUAAGGAUGGCGAAACGCGUAUGAUUCUUCAGUACCGCUCUGCAGCCAACGCAGGCACGAUUUCCAACUUCCGCCUUUCUGCUCACUUCCCUGCCGAGCCAGCUAUUACGAGCACCCAGUCCAAGCCUUUGUCCGGGUCUUGGGAUUCGGAGGAUGGCUCGACCGACCGCCGCAUCACAUGGACCCCCCCUCAAACUCAAGCCGGUGCGGAGGGCAAGAUCAUUGCCCGCUUCAUUACUGGCGCUACGAACCGCAUCCCGCCUAGCAGCGUGGAUGCCCAAUUCGUCCUGCCCGACCACCUCCUCUCUGGCAUUGGCAUUGAAGUCGUGAGCGACAGCCCAGCCGCGGUUGCAGGCUGGGGAGCAUUCGACAAUGUCUCGCGUGCGACCGUGUCUGGCAAAUACGUUGGUGGUAUCGUGCUCAACCCGUAAUGUAUCCAACUGCUCGAGGUUUGUGAACGGAUCCAGGCCAUAAUAGGAGAGAUAACACUUAGUCAUUUCAAACGAAUGUAAUCCAUUUUGCUGC